UGCCGCCAUCAUUCGUCACCACCCUUCUCUUCUUCAUGUCAGUUGCGCUCAGACCUUCCAAUGCCCAGAGCAGCAGUGGUAAUCUAUUCUUGAACUUCCUGUCCAAUGAUAACAUUGAACGGUUGACACAAAUGGCCACUGAAAUUGUUGCUUCCGCUGCCAAACAUUCCGUUGCAGCUAAUCUAGAUGCACUAACAAGGCCUGGUCAUCCCGAACCAAGACCUGUAUCGCUUAAUUCUCGACCAUCUGAAAUGAUUGGCCAGUCUGUUACAAAUGCUAUUUCACCAGCUAUUACCAAACUUGCUGGAGUUUCUGCGAUUGAAAAUCGUGGCCUAAUAUCAGGGCAGCAACAAAGAGACACAUAUAAUGUUAGGUCGAGUGGUGGCGCCAAAUCACUGAUGGACAUUGCGGGAGCAUUUUUAGGAUCUCCAAGAUCUGGUAAAUCAUCGACAGUUCUUGGAGCGAAAACACAAACGUACACGAAAGAUCCAGAUAUCAACUGGUUACCGACAAUUCGAGAAUUAACACCUGGUGCAAAUGACAAUUUUGGCAUACCGAAGGGUGAAGGAUGUCUACCAUUUCUGAGCGAAUUCAUGAGAAUAGCAUACGGGAACUGCGUAAAAGUAGCAGAUGAAAAGGCGUGGGACCUUUGGGGUAGUCAAAUUACCAACGCUCUUUUCGGUGGUAAAGUUGAUUUCAUCGGAGCUACGAAGGAGACAUGUAAACGGGGUGCGGAACGACAACACUGUGGUCAGCUGAGGAAGGUGAUCAGCGAAUGUGAUAUCUUAGGAUCGCUACAAGUCGGCAUGGAAAUGCAAAGGGCAAUUCAACGGUGUGAAGAAUUUUCGGGUGUCAUUGAUCAGAAUCCAAUGCAAGUACUUAAUCAAGUGAAUAGUAUUAUCGGUGGUGAAUUUGCUCAAGGAUUUUUGCAUAAAUUUCUUGGUUAA